UUGCUGGGUACGCUUCAUAUUAGGUGUUACUGGUUAAAGCGUUGUCAAACUCCGAAUACCUGUGGCAUCUUAAACACAAACUCAUGACAGUGUAGAUAAUUGGCAUACGUUAACAACUGAUCAAUUCGUUUAUUUAAUUUUUGAGGCAAUCGUCCUUUUUCGGCAGAAAGAAGGGUCAAAGAAAUUAGUUGGUUUAUCCAAACUCAUAACAAAAUUAUUGGACGUUUGAAACCUUCCAGGUCGUUGGCCUUUAUCGAAUCUCGCGGUACGGUAUGCCAAGAGACAAAGCAGUGUGCGAUAUUUUAGAUGCUUCAUUUUAUAAAUCACCGUACCGUGACAGAAGGAAUGAUUUUACUCCACGGGAAUUAUCUCAGUGUCUAAAAGAAACGACCACUUUAUACAUCGGGAAUUUGUCUUUCUAUACUCGUGAAGAACAAAUCUGGGAACUAUUUAGCCGAGCCGGCGAAAUCAAGCGCGUUAUUAUGGGCUUACACAGAUUUGAUAAAACUCCAUGUGGGUUUUGUUUUGUGGAAUAUUGUACACGGGACGGUGCAGAAAUGGCCAUGAGAUACAUUAACAAAACCCGAUUAGAUGAUCGAAUAAUUCGCACAGACUGGGAUGCGGGUUUUGAGGAAGGAAGACAGUAUGGCCGGGGAAGAAGUGGUGGACAGGUACGGGAUGAAUUCCGCAAAGAUUAUGACGCCGAACGAGGUGGUUAUGGGAAGUUGGCUCAACGAGAAGGAGAAUAG